AUAAAUAACAUACUCUAGAGAGAGAGAGAGAGAGAGAGAGAUUCUGGUUGUCGGAGAGGCCUCAGAGGAAGUUCAGAGAAAGAGAGAGAGAAAGAGGUGCAGAGAUGGAGGAGGAUCGAGAGGAGGAAGACAAGUUCGACGAACAGCCGGAAGAGGAGGAGCUGGGUUCAAGUCUCACCAGGGAAAGAGUGGCCGCGGCCAAGCAGUUCAUUGAGAACCACUACCGGUCGCAUAUGAGGAACAUACAAGAUCGCAAGGAGAGACGUUGUGUGUUAGAAAGGAAAUUAGCUUCUUCAGAUGUCUCUCAAGAGGAACAGAUCAAUUUAAUCAAGGAUUUGGAACGAAAAGAAACUGAGUAUAUGCGACUUAAACGGCACAAGAUUUGUGUUGAUGACUUUGAGUUAUUAACCAUCAUUGGGAGAGGAGCUUUUGGAGAGGUCAGAUUAUGCCGGGAAAAGUCCUCUGGUAAUAUCUAUGCCAUGAAAAAAUUGAAGAAAUCAGAAAUGCUUAGCAGGGGUCAGGUUGAACAUGUCAGAGCUGAAAGGAACCUACUUGCAGAAGUUGCCAGUCACUGCAUUGUGAAACUCUACUAUUCAUUUCAGGAUGCAGAUUACUUGUAUCUGAUUAUGGAAUAUCUGCCUGGUGGGGACAUGAUGACACUGUUGAUUAGAGAAGAUACCUUAACUGAAUGUGUGGCUAGAUUUUACAUUGCUCAAAGUGUUCUUGCCAUAGAGUCAAUUCAUAAACAUAACUACAUCCAUAGAGACAUUAAACCUGACAACCUUCUAUUGGACAAAAAUGGUCACAUGAAGCUCUCUGAUUUUGGUCUUUGCAAGCCUCUUGACUGCAAUACACUAUCUGCUAUAAAUGAAAAUGAACCAAUGGCUGAUGAAAAUCUGAGAGAAUCAAUGGAUGUUGAUGGUUGCUUCCCGAAUGCAGCAGAUGGUGGAAGCAGGUGGAAGAGCCCCCACGAACAGCUUCAGCAUUGGCAGAGGAACCGGAGGAAAUUGGCAUUCUCCACAGUGGGCACACCAGACUAUAUUGCACCAGAAGUACUACUGAAGAAAGGCUAUGGCAUGGAGUGUGACUGGUGGUCACUAGGUGCAAUAAUGUACGAGAUGCUUGUUGGUUAUCCCCCAUUUUACUCUGAUGACCCAAUAACCACAUGCAGAAAGAUUGUGCAUUGGAGAAGUCACUUAAAAUUUCCCGAAGAGGCAAGGUUGACCCCUGAGGCAAAGGAUCUUAUCUGUAGAUUGCUAUGUGAUGUUGAACAUAGGUUAGGUACUGGAGGGGUGGAUCAAAUAAAAGCUCAUCCUUGGUUUAAAGAUGUUGUAUGGGACAAACUCUACGAAAUGGAGGCAGCAUUUAAACCAGAGGUCAACGGGGAGCUAGAUACUCGAAAUUUCCUGAAGUUUGAUGAACUCAAUCCUCCGAGUGCUAAAAGAACUGGCUCUGGACACUCACGAAAGAUGCUAUUGACUCCCAAAGAUUUGAGUUUUGUUGGCUAUACAUACAAGAAUUUUGAAGCUGUCAAAGGGCUACACCAAUCUCUUGAUCUGAAGAAUACUUCACCAAUACGGCUGUCUGUGGAUUCUGUAAUGAGUGAUUCAGCAGUGGACUACUCUAUGAACCCCGCAACUGAAGAAACAGAAACACAUAUGCUUACAUCAGGUGAUGGCAUGUCACCAUAAGAUUUCAUGAAUCUUGCUAUGUAAUGCAUCUUGUGACGCGUGAGCCCCUCUGAUGUUGAUGGUUGAAAUGCCUGCUUAUUUUUAGUCAGGCCUCUGCAGAGCCAUCGUCUGUGUACAGUGGUGUCUUAAGGUACUAAACAAAGCUCAGUUAUGGGCUGGUAGUGGUAGUAGCAGCAGUGAUAUUAGCAUUGGUAGUACUUAACAGUGCAGACUUUGUCCUGAGCAAUGAGAUGAUUUGUUAUGUCCUGGCUGCCCAGGUUGGCUGAGUAAAACAUGCCUUCUCUUGUGGCAGUUUCUGGGUUUUAAAUCUUUUCCCUUUUAUAAAUUUUUUUUAAAGAAAGAACUUCUCUGACAUUCAAGAACCCAGUUAAAUAUAUUGAUGUUAAGAACAUUACUGAUAAUUUUUAGUUUGUAUGUAUUGAAUAUCCUUGGGCUUUCGGUACAGGCAAAGACGAGUGAUUGCAUUUCAAUGGUUGAA